AUGAUAUAUUUGGGGAAAUCUGUCAUUAAGCAAGAGUUUAUUACGGGGGAUAUCAUCGAAUUAGUAUUUAACUGUUUAGACGAAGAUGACGAUGAAUUGACCUAUAUUAGAUCUUUUAUUAUGAGGUGUCUUGAAAUUAUUCCCCUAGAAUCUGAGGUUCGGUUAAUCCUUUAUAAGUUUUUAUUUUCGCGAAAACCUUUUCAAUUCAUUAGCGUAAUAGUUGAGGAAAUAUUUGUCACGGAAAAUCAAGAACGAGAAGGAAUAUUUCUUACACUAAUUAAGGACCCCGAGCAAGCAUUAGGACACUCAAGUAGACUGAAAGUUAUCAAUAAUUGUCUUGAUAUAAAAAACGAUGUGGCGGAAAUUUGCUGUGAACUCAUUCAGCCAUUUUUCAAUAGCUUUGAAUUAAAGGAUUUGAGUCCUUAUUUUAUACAUUUAAUUGGAACCUUUACGAACCAUUUGGUAUGUCAACAACUUUCCGCACUGCAACAAGUAAUCGCGACAGCAUUUCUAAAGGAAUUCGCAUAUAAAUUCUGGAAAAAUUAUACGCAAGAAGAUCUUGGAACGUUAGUCAAAGAAAUUAAUACCUUAGAUCUUGAUCAAUUACAAAAAUUAUCGAUGAACAAUCCUGAUAUGCCUAUUAUAGAAUUUAUUAAUCGAUGGUUAAAAUUAGCAAAUUUAACAAAUUUAGAAAGGUUAUCAAAUAUAAAUAAUGCAUUCAUUGAGAUAUUUGAAGAAUUUUCGUUAAAACAUAUUGUAGUAUUAUACGAAUUAAUUGAAGAGCAAGUUGCUAAUUCAAUAAUUGAUAAAAUUGAAGUCGCUGCUAAUUCAAAAAUUGAUAAGAUUGAAGCUGAUCAUUCAAUAAUUGAUAAUGCUGAAAUUAAAACACAGAAAUUAAGAAAACCAACAACUAAUCUUUGGAAGAAAAAAUAUGGUAGAUAA